AUGGAGGUUGAUAAGGUCAACGGUGGUAUUCUUGAGAAAGGAGACAUCACUGAAGGAGAAACAACCGAACAAGGCUCCGUCAUCAAUGCCUCCGGCCAUACGGAUCAGCUUACUCGGCAGUAUGGUCUCGUUGGGCUCACAGGCAUUGCAGUGACAGUCAACAAUGCCUGGGUUGUCCUUGGUUCCUCAAUCUCUGUCUCUAUUCUCAGUGGUGGCAUUUCAGGUGUCAUCUAUGGUCUCAUAGUAGCAGUGAUCUACUACACUUUCAUCGGCUUGAGUAUAUCAGAGUUUGCUUCGUCAUGCCCCAGCUCCGGUGGUGUCUAUCACUGGGCAACUAUAGCUGCCGGACCAAAAUGGGGUCGUGUCACUGGCUUCUACACAGGAUGGAUCAACUUCUACGGCUGGAUGUUCGGUCUCGCAUCUCUUGUCCAAGUCGCUGCCAACGCAGGUGUUCAAUGCUAUGCCACUCUCACUCCCGGCUUCUCUCCAUCAGCAUGGCAUGUCUAUGUCGCGUACCUGAUCGUCAUCUGGCUCAGUACCUUCGUCGUCAUUUUCUCAAACCGACUUGUUCCCUACACCCAGAAACUUGGCCUGUUCCUCGUUGUUGCAGGCGGUCUUGUGACCAUUAUUAUUGUCGCUGUCAUGCCCUCAAAGCAUGCUUCUAGUGACUUUGUAUGGAACUCAUUUCAUGAGAACAAUCUGACUGGAUGGAAUGACGGCGUUGCGUUCAUGGUUGGCAUUCUUAAUGGAGCUUUCACGAUUGGAACUCUCGAUGCUAUCACUCAUAUGGCUGAAGAGGCCAAGAACCCAAAGAAAGACCUACCUAGAGCCAUCUUUUUAUACAUCUCCAUUGGCGGUGUCUAUGCUUUAGCUUUCGCUAUGGUCUUGGGAUACGCCAUUUCUGAUUUAUCUGUUCUCCAAGGCAACUCCAACACAUUUCCGUUGGCUGGUAUCUACCAUCAAGCGACUGGGAGUGCUGCAGCCACAUUCGCAUUGCUGUUCAUUAUUCUCAUCUCGUCUCUUUGCUGCGUCAUGGGAACUGUGCUGACCAACUGCCGUACAUACUGGUCCUUGGCUCGAGACCAAGCGGUGCCGUUCUCAAAUUAUUUCAGCAGAGUGAGUGCGAAGUUUGGUACCCCAGUCGAGUCAACUCUGUUCGUGGCAGUCAUUGCCUCAGGUAUCGGUGCAAUUCCAUUGGGAAGUUCGGUCGGUUUCAGUAACUUGACCGGAUCCUUCAUCAUCAUCACAACUGUGUCUUAUGCUAGCCCAAUUGUAUCAAAUGUCAUGAGUGGCCGCAAACGAUUCUCGCCUGGCCCCUUCCACCUGAAGAACCUCGGGUACUGGAUCAAUGGACUUACUAUACUACUGAUUGUGGUAUUUGACGUGUUCUUUUGUUUCCCCUUCGGUAUUCCCUUCGAUGCAACAACGAUGAACUACAACUCCGUCAUUCUGUGCGGUCUAUGUUUCUUGAUUACGGUUUGGUGGUUCCUGUCAGCCUCGAAGCAUUACCCAGGGCCUACAUUUCAUCAGGUGUAUGACAGAGAUGAAAACAAAGAGGCGGCAUCAUAG